AUGCCGCAGAUCAGCCCGGAAUUAGCGGAAGCUGCGAAGCGCUUACACGAGUCAUCGACCAAGGUGUAUAACCUAGCAGACGACACCACUCGCUCCCCCUCGCCGCUCUCCUUCCCCCCGGACGUCCCUCCAGCACCCCACCUAGAGGGCUGCACGGCCAAUACUGGUUUAUAUUUCAUCCUCACCCCUUCCCACUCUUCCCCACCCCUCCCCACCCCUCCCCACCCGUCCGCAUCCCUCCCCACCCCUUCCCACCUCUCUACAGUCCUGGACCAAGCGCCCCACCUGGAGGACUGCACGGCCAAGACUGCCCUGAGGGUGAAGGCAGAGGCGAGGGGGGCGCAUGGGGAGGACCCUGCGUGGGUGCUGCAACUGCACGCCCCAACCCCCCUGGAUGAGUGUUUCGGUGCUGCUGUGUUACUGCUGGAGGAUCGAGCCCAGUGCACAGUGCAAGCAGCAAGGGAGGACCCUGAGUGGGUGCUGCUGUGCUAUUUGGCAAGUGCUGCAACUGCGCACGAGUUUCGAGUCGACUCAAAACUCGACGUAUCACAUACUGCUGGAGGAUCGAGCCCAGUGCACAGUGCAAGCAGCAAGGACCCCCGGGUGGGUGCUGUGCUAUUAGGCAAGGCAAGUGCUGCAACUGCGCAGCGCACGCCACAACCACCGCGGAUCCGCGGUUCUGACGCGGCAAAUCUCGCGCUGACACGUGUCUUCCAGCGGGACCUGUGGGAGCGGCAGUUCCCCGCCAGCUGUGCCGGGCGGCGGCUAAUGAUAACCGACUGGCCCCCCAAGCACCAUGGCACCGGCAACAUGGUGCAUGUGAUGGGGUCGUUUCUGAACGCCGCCGUGCGGCACAAUCGGACUCUUGUCAUCCGCCCCCGCACCUUCCACCGUGCUAGCGGGCAGGAGUGCGCAGGUGUGUUCCCCCAAGCACUCACCCCCCAUCAAGCACCACAGCACCAGCAACAUGGUGCAUGUGAUGGGGUCGUUUCUGAACGCCGCCGUGCGGCACAACAGGACGCUCGUCAUCCGCCCCCGCACCUUUCACCGCGCUGGCGGGCAGGAGUGCGCAGGUGUGUUCCCCCAAGCACUCACCCCCCAUCAAGCACCACAGCACCAGCAACAGUGCAUGUGAUGGGGUCGUUUCUGAACGCCGCCGUGCGGCACAAUCGGACUCUUGUCAUCCGCCCCCGCACCUUCCACCGUGCUAGCGGGCAGGACACCGGCAACAUGGUGCAUGUGAUGGGGUCGUUUCUGAACGCCGCCGUGCGGCACAAUCGGACUCUUGUCAUCCGCCCCCGCACCUUCCACCGUGCUAGCGGGCAGGAGUGCGCAGGUGUGUUCCCCCAAGCACUCACCCCCCAUCAAGCACCACAGCACCAGCAACAUGGUGCAUGUGAUGGGGUCGUUUCUGAACGCCGCCGUGCGGCACAACAGGACGCUCGUCAUCCGCCCCCGCACCUUUCACCGCGCUGGCGGGCAGGAGUGCGCAGGUGUGUUCCCCCAAGCACUCACCCCCCAUCAAGCACCACAGCACCAGCAACAGUGCAUGUGAUGGGGUCGUUUCUGAACGCCGCCGUGCGGCACAAUCGGACUCUUGUCAUCCGCCCCCGCACCUUCCACCGUGCUAGCGGGCAGGACACCGGCAACAUGGUGCAUGUGAUGGGGUCGUUUCUGAACGCCGCCGUGCGGCACAAUCGAACUCUUGUCAUCCGCCCCCGCACCUUCCACCGUGCUAGCGGGCAGGACACCGGCAACAUGGUGCAUGUGAUGGGGUCGUUUCUGAACGCCGCCGUGCGGCACAAUCGGACUCUUGUCAUCCGCCCCCGCACCUUCCACCGUGCUAGCGGGCAGGAGUGCGCAGGUGUGUUCCCCCAAGCACUCACCCCCCAUCAAGCACCACAGCACCAGCAACAUGGUGCAUGUGAUGGGGUCGUUUCUGAACGCCGCCGUGCGGCACAACAGGACGCUCGUCAUCCGCCCCCGCACCUUUCACCGCGCUGGCGGGCAGGAGUGCGCAGGUGUGUUCCCCCAAGCACUCACCCCCCAUCAAGCACCACAGCACCAGCAACAGUGCAUGUGAUGGGGUCGUUUCUGAACGCCGCCGUGCGGCACAAUCGGACUCUUGUCAUCCGCCCCCGCACCUUCCACCGUGCUAGCGGGCAGGACACCGGCAACAUGGUGCAUGUGAUGGGGUCGUUUCUGAACGCCGCCGUGCGGCACAAUCGGACUCUUGUCAUCCGCCCCCGCACCUUCCACAGUGCUAGCGGGCAGGACACCGGCAACAUGGUGCAUGUGAUGGGGUCGUUUCUGAACGCCGCCGUGCGGCACAAUCGGACUCUUGUCAUCCGCCCCCGCACCUUCCACAGUGCUAGCGGGCAGGACACCGGCAACAUGGUGCAUGUGAUGGGGUCGUUUCUGAACGCCGCCGUGCGGCACAAUCGGACUCUUGUCAUCCGCCCCCGCACCUUCCACAGUGCUAGCGGGCAGGAGUGCGCAGGACGCUCGUUGUCCGCCCCCGCACCUUCCACCGUGCUAGCGGGCAGGAGUGCGCAGGUGUGUUCCCCCAAGCACUCAUAUCCCACCCACCACGGCACCGGCAACAUGGUGCAUGUGAUGGGGUCGUUUCUGAACGCCGCUGUGCGGCACAAUCGAACUCUUGUCAUCCGUCCUCGCACCUUCCACCGCUCCAGCAGGCAGGCAGGAGUGUGCAGGGUCGGUCGGUACUUGGACAGCGCUAGUGGGGGGGAAUGUGGGGUGGAUGGGUAUAGGACAGGUGGGGAGUAUAAGGAAGGGAAUAGCUGUGCUGUGCUGUGCAGCGCAAAAGGACGCUCGUCAUCCGCCCUCGCACCUUCCACUGCGCUAGUGGGGGGGAAUGUGGGGUGGAUGGGUACAGGACAGGCAGGAGGGCGAGUGGGAGUGUUACUUCUUCCCUGUCGCCUCCCCAGACUGCCUCAAGGUCGCCUUAGCAGCCCUCACAGCAGUAACACCCAUCGAUCUCUUCCCUUACCCCACAGUCUCCUAUCCCCUGUCUCCUCCCCCCCUUACCCGCCUAUCCCCAUCAACACACAUCUACUCCCAGACAUAGGGCAGGAGGGCGAGUGGGAGUGUUACUUCUUCCCUGUCGCCCCCCCAGACUGCCUCAAGGAGGGCGAGUGGGAGUGUUACUUCUUCCCCGUGGCCUACCCAGACUGCCUCAAGGUCGCGCCCUCUCUCCUCUCUUGCCUGUCUUAUUGCCCACCCAUGUGCCCGCCCUAUCCCCAUCCCCCAGACAUCGGGCAGGAGGGCGAGUGGGAGUGUUACUUCUUCCCCGUCGCCUCCCCAGACUGCCUCAAAGUCGCUCUCGCAGCAGAAGCAACAGCACCUAUCGCUCUGUUCAACGAUACCAAGGAAACGGUGCUGGCGUCGGCUACUCAAGUGGUCAUUUGCAACGACACCCACUACCACCACGAUGCUGCAAGAGCUGCCAGCCUCUGGGUGGCGCCUGACGGCAGACCGCCCGAGCUGGAGCAUCCAUUCACCAUCGAGCAGCUGGGGAGAAUCUGGGUGCCCAACGACAACCACAUUGGGGAGCGUUGGUGGCGCUCCCAAACCGCACGCUUUCUCCUCCGCUGGCCCUCUGCCCUGCUCUGCCACAUCACCAACCGCGUGCGACACAACACCUACGGGAUGGCUGUAGCAGAGCGGGUCGUAUCCGCUACAGCCAAGCAACAGACCAUUCUCCACUCCACACCCCCCAACACUCCGGAAUCCCAGCACUUGAACUCUCUCCCUGACGCCUCUUCUGCUGUUCCGCCUUCUGUCGCAUACAAGUCGAGCCUAGCCGGGACUGUAUGGCAGAUGAAGGGAUUCGCGGGGUGUGUGGGAACGCGGUGUAAUGAAUCCGAGGCGUGUGCGGGAGCGGGGAGUGCGAAUGCGGGGGGAGGUGCGGCGUUGGAGUUUUCCUCGUUACAAGACGAACUGUUUAUAUUCCGGCCAUACGUCAGCCUGCACGUGCGGCUGAGCGAUAAAUACCUCGAGAUGAAGCUACACUUCUUCGCGACUUAUAUGUACUUUAUGUAUAAGCUGCGGGCGCACGUGCCGAACCUGGAGCACGUGUGGCUCAGCACAGAGAUGCAGAGCGUGAUUGAGGAAACUUCCAACUUUCCGGAUUGGACCUUCCACUACACGACGAGUGGGCGGGUGACGAGUGCAACGCAGAUGCAGGAGGAGCAUGUGAAGGACAAGCAGCGCACGGGGGAGAUUUUCGCGAAUCUCAUCAUCACGACGCAAGCGGAUUAUUUCGUCGGCGCGCUCGCGUCGAAUUGGAACCGUCUGAUCGACGAGCUGAGAUCGACCAAUGGGAGGCUGUACUCGGGACACGUGGCUCUGAAUGAGGCCUGGACAUGA